AUGUCCGCAAACCCGUCUUCCAGCCCCUCCGGCCGUCCUCCGAGCGCAGAGAAAGACGUCACGGACAGCCCGUCCAAGCUCCCCGUGGGCAACCAGCAAGAGCCGGAAUCUCGCGCAGAGGAUGUACAGGAGAGAGAACAACUAGAACAGAACGAGGAAAAGGAAGAUGAGUCGCCGAGUGAGAAACACAACCAGCAGCAGCGCGAAGGCGGUAAGAAAAGCACGGGGGAUAACGAUGAUAAUGACGAAGGGGAGGAAGCUUCAGCGCCACCAUUACCAGACGAAGAGGUCCCACCACCGCUUCCCAGCGAAGCUCCUCCUGGCGAGGACGAUGGCUGGGAACCCCUCUGGGAUGCCAACGCUCAGGCGUACUACUUCUACAACCGCUUCACGGGCGUGUCGCAGUGGGACAACCCCCGGGUACCAGCUGCGACGGCAGAGCUUCCCGGAGUUACCCCGGAGCGCGAAGCUCCCGCGAAGGACAAGGCUCCUGUUGUCGGCGGCUACAACCCGGCGAUCCAUGGCGAUUACGACCCGACGGCCGACUACGCGCAGCAAUAUGAACAGCCGGCCGAUGGGGGAGUGCUGGGCGCCGGAUUGGACCCCAAUGCCUCGUACGAGGCUGUUGGUCAGUUCAACCGCUUCACGGGCCGGUGGCAGGACGCGUCGCUGAACCCAGAGAACUUCAACGAUGAGAACAAGUCGCGCCGGCAGAUGAACGCGUUCUUUGACGUGGAUGCGGCUGCCAAUGCCCAUGAUGGGAGGAGUCUCCGGGCAGAGCGCAGUGCCCGGAAACUCACCAAGAAGGAAUUGAAGAUGUUCAAGGAGAAGCGCAGAGAAAAGAAGGAGGAGAAACGGAGGGCGUGGCUACGCGAUUGA